UGACACGUGCUUAAAAAAAAAAAUAUUUAAAAAAAAAAAAAACUUUAAAAAAAAUCACAACAACGACACUGACCUGGACUUCUCUUUGAACGCAGACAUCACUAUUUUUUUAUUGUAAAUACAUUUUUAACGUGGAUUUUUGUUUCUCCAAUUUCACUUGAACUGGGAAGAAUUCAUCCAGAGCAACCAUGGGAAGAGGAGAAGGACGCGAGCAGUAUGAGCUCGCCGCGACGUCGGAGCAGGGCGGCAAGAAGAAAGCAAAGGGGAAGAAGAAAGAGAAGGAUAUGGAUGAGCUGAAGAAGGAAGUGGACAUGGACGAUCACAAGCUGACUCUGGACGAGCUCGCUCGCAAAUACGCAACGGACCUCAGCAACGGUUUGACAAACAUGAAAGCUGCAGAGGUUCUGGCUCGCGACGGGCCCAACGCCCUCACUCCUCCCCCCACCACCCCGGAGUGGGUCAAGUUCUGCAAACAGAUGUUUGGUGGCUUCUCCAUGCUUCUGUGGACCGGCGCCAUCCUCUGUUUCUUGGCCUACGGCAUCCAGGCCGCCAUGGAGGACGAGCCUGCGAAUGACAACUUGUACCUGGGUGUCGUGCUCUCUGCCGUCGUCAUCAUCACUGGCUGCUUCUCCUACUAUCAAGAGGCCAAGAGCUCCAAGAUCAUGGAUUCCUUCAAGAACCUGGUCCCACAGCAAGCUCUGGUUGUCCGUGACGGCGAGAAGAAAAGCCUCAACGCAGAGGAAGUGGUGGUUGGAGACUUAGUGGAGGUGAAGGGUGGUGACAGGAUCCCUGCGGAUCUGAGAAUCAUCUCCGCCCACGGCUGCAAGGUGGACAACUCCUCCCUGACUGGUGAAUCAGAGCCACAGACUCGUACUCCCGACUUCUCCAACGAGAACCCGCUGGAGACCAGGAACAUCGCUUUCUUCUCCACUAACUGCGUUGAAGGAACUGCUCGUGGCGUCGUGAUCAGCACCGGAGACCGCACCGUCAUGGGCCGCAUCGCCACGCUGGCUUCUGGGCUGGAAGUGGGACGCACUCCGAUCUCCAUUGAGAUCGAGCACUUCAUCCACAUCAUCACUGGCGUGGCUGUCUUCCUCGGCGUGUCCUUCUUCGUGCUCUCCCUCAUCCUGGGAUACAGUUGGCUGGAGGCCGUCAUCUUCCUCAUCGGUAUCAUUGUCGCCAACGUGCCAGAAGGUCUCCUGGCUACUGUCACGGUGUGUCUGACCCUGACCGCUAAGCGUAUGGCCAAGAAGAACUGCCUGGUGAAGAACCUGGAAGCCGUGGAGACGCUGGGCUCCACCUCCACCAUCUGCUCCGACAAAACCGGCACCCUGACCCAGAACAGGAUGACCGUGGCCCACAUGUGGUUUGACAACCAGAUCCACGAGGCCGACACCACGGAGAACCAGAGCGGCGCCUCCUUUGACAGAAGCUCGGCCACGUGGGCCGGCUUGGCCAGAGUCGCCGGACUCUGCAACCGUGCUGUGUUUUUGGCCGAGCAGAGCAGCGUCCCCAUCCUGAAGAGAGACGUGGCCGGCGACGCCUCCGAGUCGGCUCUGCUGAAGUGCAUCGAGCUGUGCUGUGGUUCGGUCCAGGAAAUGAGAAACAAGACCCCCAAAAUCUCCGAGAUCCCGUUCAAUUCCACCAACAAGUACCAGCUGUCCAUCCACAAUAACUCCGGGUCUGAAGGAGAGACCAAACACCUGCUGGUGAUGAAAGGUGCCCCUGAGAGGAUUCUGGACCGCUGCUCCACCAUCAUGAUGCAGGGCAAAGAGCAGCCUCUGGACGACGAGAUGAAAGACGCUUUUCAGAACGCUUACUUGGAACUGGGAGGACUGGGAGAGCGAGUGCUGGGUUUCUGCCAUUACAACCUGCCCGACGAGCAGUUCCCCGAGGGUUUCGCCUUUGACAUGGAAGAAGUGAACUUCCCCACUGAGAACCUGUGCUUCAUUGGCCUCAUGUCCAUGAUCGACCCUCCUCGCGCCGCUGUGCCUGACGCUGUCGGGAAGUGCAGGAGCGCUGGAAUCAAGGUCAUCAUGGUGACAGGUGAUCAUCCAAUCACAGCGAAGGCCAUCGCUAAAGGCGUGGGCAUCAUCUCAGAAGGCAACGAGACUGUCGAGGACAUCGCCGCUCGUCUGAACAUCCCAAUCAACGAAGUCAACCCGAGAGAUGCAAAGGCCUGCGUGGUCCACGGCGGAGACCUGAAGGAUCUGUCCCCCGAGCAGCUGGACGACAUCCUCAAGUAUCACACGGAGAUCGUCUUUGCCAGGACGUCCCCACAGCAGAAGCUGAUCAUCGUGGAGGGCUGCCAGCGACAGGGCGCCAUCGUGGCCGUGACGGGUGACGGUGUGAACGACUCUCCCGCUCUGAAGAAGGCCGACAUCGGUGUCGCCAUGGGGAUCGCUGGAUCAGACGUCUCCAAACAGGCGGCUGACAUGAUCCUGCUGGACGACAACUUCGCCUCCAUCGUCACCGGCGUCGAGGAAGGUCGUCUGAUCUUCGACAACCUGAAGAAGUCCAUCGCCUACACGCUGACCAGUAACAUCCCAGAGAUCACGCCCUUCCUCUUCUUCAUCAUCGCCAACAUCCCUCUGCCGCUGGGUACCGUCACCAUCCUCUGUAUCGACCUGGGAACGGACAUGGUUCCCGCCAUCUCCUUGGCCUAUGAAGCAGCCGAGAGCGACAUCAUGAAGCGACAGCCCCGAAACCCCAAAACAGACAAACUGGUGAACGAGAGGCUCAUCAGCAUCGCCUACGGACAGAUUGGUAUGAUCCAGGCUCUGGCAGGAUUCUUCACCUACUUUGUGAUUCUGGCUGAAAACGGCUUCCUGCCGUCCACGCUGCUGGGCAUCAGAGUGAACUGGGAUAAUAAAUACGUCAACGAUCUGGAGGACAGCUACGGGCAGCAGUGGACAUACGAGCAGAGGAAGAUCGUGGAGUUCACCUGUCACACGGCGUUCUUCGUCAGCAUCGUCAUCGUGCAGUGGGCCGAUCUGAUCAUCUGCAAGACCAGGAGGAACUCCGUCUUCCAACAGGGCAUGAAGAACAAGAUCCUGAUCUUCGGACUGUUUGAGGAGACAGCUCUGGCCGCCUUCCUCUCCUACUGCCCCGGCAUGGACGUCGCUCUCAGAAUGUACCCACUCAAGCCCAACUGGUGGUUCUGCGCCUUCCCUUACUCCCUGCUCAUCUUCAUCUAUGAUGAAAUCCGUAAGCUGAUCCUCAGACGCAGCCCAGGAGGUUGGGUGGAACGCGAGACCUACUAUUAAAGACCCCGCCAGCCCGUCGUCAGUCCACUCCUCACCUUCGCAUCUUCUCCUCGUCCACUCCCGUCUUUGCAUGAAUAUUGUCUUGCUGCUCGGAAAAUUAAAAUUUUAACCUCUUGUGGAACGAAAAAAGAAAAAAAAACGUAAGAAAUUCGGAACUUGUUUUAUAUUAGGGAAUGCUUGAUACUACUCGUAGACAAAUACUGAGAUGGAAUGUGCUGAUGAUGAUGAUGUUGACAAUGAUGAUAAUGCUAAUAAUGACAUGAACACUGAACAAUGACAUGACUAUGCGUGCCUUGUUUCUGAAACAGGACCAAUUUUAUACAUGUUUUUAACAGUUAUGAACACUCAAUAAAAAUGCGCUCGAGUCAGGUCCCACA